GCCACACCCAGUUCAAUGACGCUGAACCUGUGCUGCCAAGAAAGAUGGCGUCGGUAUCAGAAAUGUACGAUGUAACUUGGGAAGAAAUGAGAGACAAGCUGCGGAAGUGGAGGGAGGAUAACCACAGAAACAGUGAGCAAAUCGUGGAUGUUGGUGAAGAAUUGAUAAAUGAGCAUGCGUCCAAACUUGGAGAUGACAUAUGGAUAAUUUAUGAGCAGGUGAUGAUCGCUGCGCUGGACUGCAGUCGGGAUGAUUUGGCUUGGACUUGUCUACAGGAACUGAAGAGGCAGUUUCCAGGUAGCCAACGAGUGAAGCGAUUAGCGGGCAUGCGGCUGGAGGCUUUAGAAAAGUACGAGGAUGCCAACAAGCAGUAUGAUUCAAUACUGCAAGACGAUCCCACCAAUACGGCGGCGAGGAAGAGGAAGAUCUCGAUUCUGAAGGCCCAGGGGAAGAGUGCCGAGGCCAUCCGCGAGCUCAACGAGUAUCUGGAGCAGUUCGUCGGUGACCAGGAAGCGUGGCACGAGCUGUCGGAACUCUACAUCAACGAGCACGACUAUGGAAAAGCAGCUUUCUGUCUGGAGGAGCUGAUGAUGACUAACCCUCACAAUCACUUGUACUGUGAGCAGUACGCUGAGGUGAAGUACACCCAGGGGGGGCUGGAAAACCUGGAGCUGUCCAGAAAGUAUUUUGCCCAGGCUCUGAAGCUGAACAACAGAAACAUGAGGGCCUUGUUCGGUCUGUAUAUGUCAGCAAGCCACAUUGCUGCCAGCCCCAAAGUGAACGCCACGGUGAAAAAGGCCAAUGUGAAGUAUGCUACUUGGGCCACCAAUCAAAUCAACCGAGCCUAUCAGCUGGCCGGUCGCGGGACAAAGGAGAACAAAUGCUCCGUGAAGGCCGUGGAGGAGAUGCUGGAGUCCAUCACCAUGUCCUAGGCCCCACCCCCCCCACCCCCACCACCUGUUCUACAUGGCUCAACAAAGCAGCUCUGUUGGCUCAUUGCUGUGCACCCCCCCCCCUCCAGACUCGACCACCACCUCCCCUCCCCCUGUUAUUAGAUGAUUUAAAGCAGGACUGGAGCCCUAUAUAGUGCAAAUAUUGUGCACUAUAUGAGAUAUAGGGUGACAUUUGAGAUGUAGGACAAGUAGAGGAUGCUCCCGCAUUGUGAUCAGGGACUGAGAUGUGAGUAGAGAAGAGGCUGUAAUAAAUGCUAAUGAGAGGGCUGAGACAGGUCCGUCUGUAUGCAGCUAGGCCCUCGUCUGUAAAUGAAAUAAAAUCAAAUGUUUUUUAUCUAAACUAUAGUUUUUUUUUUCUCUGUCAGUCCAUCCAGAUGUCUUAAUAAAGGUUUGAAUUGUU